AGCAUUGGCCAACGCCCUAAACGUGAGCAAGUGCUUGCGAAUCCGGGUUGCGGCGUGGUCCCGUAGCAAACAGGCAGCCUUCGUCCUUACCAAUGGCAGCUGGUGAAUGCUGUCACCUCAGUCCCGUUCCAAGCUGCCCCGCAUUCAGCACUUCGCCGGAAGCACCCUCGACAUCACCAUCUCUUCAAAGAAGGUGGUCCCAGGUGUCCAGUGAAAGCUUGCUUACCACCAAACCUGAGAUAAUUCUACGGAGCUCAACUCGGACAUGGCAAGCCCGGAGCCAGCGAAGUCAACGACAGACCGGCCUAUCCAGUCCUCCACCUCCAAGCUUCAGCCACAUACGAAUGAUUCACCCCCAUUUCACCCCUCCAAAUUGACCAAGCCAUCGCGCGAUAAGACAGCCUUUCACUUAUCGCAUGCGUCUGUCUGCCUGAUUGGGGAAGCUCAGCGUAUUGCCCCGCCCGGGAAGGCUCCCAUAGUAGAUCACGAGCACCUUCCUACUCUCCGGGGCUGCCUGAACCUAAACUUCCCGCUUCUGUCCCUUCCAUUUCUUCUUCCUUUCACACUGCCUCCAGGCUAUUUAUCCACGAUACCUGUUUGAUUCUUUGAAACGUAAACAAACCUCAGGACCGCUGCGCGACUCUCCAGCUGUCCCCCAUUCUAUUUCACUCGACUCCCAUUGUCUGGCCUCGUUAUCCGCCGCCUCUCGCUCUCUUCUCAGCCAGCAACCUUGGAAGAGCACCCAACCUAGUCAUCACACAAGAGUCAGCCAGCUAACAAACCAUCCAACCCGCCAGUCAUAGGCCCGAGCUUUGUCUGACGUGGGAGGGGGACCAUUUCACUCCGGUUGCUUCAACCAUUCUCUCAUUCGAUUUCCCCUCCUCUUCGUGCGACUGCACCUGACUUUCCGAGCUCCCCGGUCUCGCCCUCCUCUUAUCACCACCUCCAAGCUUGCUCGCUGGCAGAAUUGACUUCGACUGUUCUGCAGCCAAAAGCUUGCUCUCUCAACUCCCAUUUAAACUCUGGCCACCUUACCCACCCACAUACGCCAUUCCGUCAAGGCAAAGAGCAAGAUGGCGGCCAAUUCACGUGCCGAGAGUCUAGCUCAAAUCGAUCUCACGGUUGAGAGUUCAGAAAGCAGCACAGCCACAGCCACCACCUACUCUCGGCGACAAAUCACCUUGACAGCCUUGAACAACACGAUUGCCAUCGGUCGUGCCUCCAAGGUCUCUGCCAAAGGGUUCGUUCCUGCCGAAAACAACGCUUGGUUUGACAGCGCUGUUAUGUCACGGGACCACGCUGAAAUUAGCGUUGAUAUCGACGAGAAGAAAGUCCAGGUCCGGGACAAGGGUUCUCUGCACGGAACCUAUCUCAACGAGCGCGAGAAGCUUGAGAAAGAGCCCAGAGAGCUCAAGGACGGCGACAGGCUCACCUUCGGUCUUCCAGUCGAUCGUGGCACUUCGAGAUUCAUGCCUGUUUCGGUCAAGUUUGGUGUCUCGUUCAACGAGCCCACUAAACAGUACGUCCCAUCCUCAUUUGCCUCGUCGGCACUGACUGAGACCUUCAGCGUCGGCGACGAAUGUGGCUCGAGAACAUUUCAGGUCCCGGACGACUCCGAAGUCAGCUCUGAUGUUGAUGAUUAUUCUAGCGACAGCAGCAUUUAUUCUAGCCACUCCGCGACAAUGAUCCCCCAGACUACUUCAACCUCACCACAUUCGCUUCCGCCCAAAUUUGUCCCUGGAGUUGAGGUGAUCGAUCUUACGGAGCCUGAGGCCUCCAGCCAGAGCCAUACCUGGACCUCCAAACUGAACGCAGGCUCUUUCAACAAUAGCAGCCCCGCCUUCAUCGAUCUCUCCUCACCUCCGUUGUCCCCCCUUAUGUUCCGAGAGGAUAGAGAUGCCGAGUAUGGAUCAUCUGGUGCUGCGGUUACAAAGAAUGUCGGGGGUGACCACCUUGACAUUCUGAGCAUUUCUGAGCCAGCGGGGCGUGUUCCCAUGCAGAGUAUUUCGCCCUUGGGGGCUGCUACUUCUCGUUUGACCGAGUUCGCCUCCGCGCUUGGCCAGACUGCCCAAUCUUUGGAGGCAAUUGAGCAAACCGUCCUCAAUUCUGACAUGGAUUCGAACUAUAGUAGCGACCAUAGCCUCGACAGUUUGGAUCAGGACAACACCAGCGAGUUGAGCGACGCCGAAAGCAACGUCAACUAUCCUGAAAAUUUCAUGGAAGGUGAAUACUCGAGCGAUGAUGACGAUGACAGCGGUAGCGAUCAUGACAUGGAUGAUCAAAGCGACGGGUCAAGCGUUCUCGACGAGGAUAUGGUGAACUACUCUGAGGAUGAUGACAAUGAGUCUGCCUCUGAGCAUCAGAGUGUUAUUGGCGACCUAGAUAUCUUUGACUGUGAUCAGCCAGCAUCUCCCCUUCCACUCUCCCCGAUGAUGGGCAGACCGACCCUUGUCCAUAACCAUCACACUGCACCUGUAGUGUCUGAUGAGCAAGACGACACUCUGGACCACCCGGCUUCAGACACCGCAUCGCCCGUCAUUCCUGUCAGCUCGAAGAAGGAUGAAGCUGGUGCUAAGAGUACCAAUCCCAUAGCAAUUGAAAAGCUCUUGAAUGAUCGUCCCGGUGUGGCGCAUUCUAUGCACCAAGGCCCCCCUCUUCCUGAACUUCGGAAGACUACCCAGCCUAACUCGUGGCCGGCUUCUUUCAAGGGAGAUUUUGAGUCUCUGUGUCUGAAAUCAGGCAAAGGAGACUUCUGGUCUGCACGAGAAGGGAACAAGGCAUAUUUCAACAAGACCUCUGGCCAGACCUUCAACAAGGCUGCUUUGGAGACUCAGACUACCGCUCGCCCAGCGUCGUCGGUAUAUGCUCUCUGCAAUGCAAUGCCCACCAACCCUCGGUUUGACAACGAGAUGCACACGAGAGAUCUAUCAGGCUUAGAUCAACAGGUCUUUUCUAGACUACCUCCCAUGGAAACCUCGUUCAACAGCACCGUAACACAGCCGAUCUGUUCUGAUAGUCUUGAUCGCCUACUGUCGAGCUCUGCACGCCGCGGAAAUCAGCCAAACGCCUACAAGGAGCAAGCGAAGACUAAGGAGUCUGAGACUGAGAAGACUAAGGAGCCCGAGACUGAGAAGCCCGUGGACCAAAACGCUGAGAAUGUGGCGUCGAAGACUAGCGAUCUUGAAUUUCAGAAGGUCAAUGUGCAGUUUACGAUCCAGACCGCUGAUGAGCCUCAGUCGCUUGUCGAGGCAGAGAAGCUGAAGGCGAAUUCUGACUCUGUAAAGCGCAAGAGAAAGGCUGAGGAUAUGUCGGUAGAAACAGAGGACGACUUGAAGUGGGGCAGUGUGCCAGAGACGGCGGGUGCUGAGGUCCUCAAGGCCGAUGGCCUCGAGGAGGCUGCUACAGAGGUUCGUGGCCAGACUGUUGAGUCCUCUAUCCAAGUUCUUCGCCCGUUUGAGAGGCCAACAAAGAAAGUUCGGUUGUUCCGUCUCGCAGAGCGCGUAGGGAUUGCGGCUAUUGGCGGAGCCAUGGUGAUGGGCACUCUGAUUUAUACGGCACCUACCUUUGCUUGAGCAAGUUUUAUGUUGUAUUGGUUUUCCUGUUUGCUUUUCUAUUUUUUGGGCGGGUGGUCCUGUAUUCAUUUCGGUUUUAAUAUGGCUUGGCAAACGUGCAGUUUGGUUGGGAAUGGGAGAGGAGUCUGACGGAUCGGCGCGGGAGCACUGUGGUCAUAUGAGAUCAUGCCUGGUUUUCUCUCUUUCUUUUCUAUCUUUUCGCGUUAUGACAUGAGCAUAGGUGGGCAACCGACGGGACAGGAUGAACUGGGACAGUCCGGGACGGCCUGGGACCCUUGAACAACAGACAAGAACUUGGCACAAAGGCAAAAAAGAGUAUGAGGGGUUGAACUGGAACUGGGCAAUAAUGGAUUUCUUGUUUUUCACCUCUUUGUUCUCGGCACGCCAAUCAGACAGAAAGAAGGAAAUAGAUAUGUGCAUCUUACGCCCUACACGACAGUCUCUUGGACAUGGGCAUACCAAAGGCCGAAUGGUUGCGUGGGUUUGCCUCGUUCUUUACCACCGCGGGGUGUCGGCCAUAGUGGUCAAUAUCGUUCUUUUUUGCGUCAUUGCUUUGCUUUUCAUUGGGCUUAUGGAUCAGUCAGAUAUGACAAGACCGAUGCUUUUAGGUGGUUAGUGGUCGGGAAUGACGAGGAUUCCAACUAAAGAGCCAAUGGUUACAGCCAAUUUCUGUUAGGUAGUGUAAGGUAUUCAUUAAACACAUAUUUUUUAUGGA